CUGUAUUUCCUUUCUUUUUUUGGUUUUGGUGAAUGUAUCCAUGGAUGAUACCAUUACCCAUCUUUCUCGCCUCCCAUCUAUCUCUCUUGUUUUUUACCCUAAAACCAUCAUCCUCUUCCUACAUAAAGCUCAUACCUUUCACCACUCUUUCACUCCAUUCUCCACUCCACUCUUCCAUUCUCAAACAUUGUCAUCUGGGUUUUUCAUCUCACCACAAAAGUUUUCUUCUUUCAACCCCCUCUUUUUGAUGAUUUAGCACCAUUUCUGAGCUCUUUCAAUGGCAGAGAGGUUCACCAGUCCCACCUCCAACCUUCUCUGUUCCGAAGACAGGAGUACCUGCUUUCAUGAUGAUGUUGAUGAUGAUGGUUUGGUAGGACAGCAGGACCACACAAACGUUAGCUCUGAUCAUCACUGUCUGAGUCAGAACAACCAUGGAUCGGAGCCAUUUGCGUGGUUUAUGGUGCAGAGUGAUGAAACUGUGAGGGUCAUGGUGGAGAAGGAGAGGGAGCAUUUGCCCAGGGAUGAUUAUCUCAAGAGGCUGCGUAGUGGAGAAUUGGACUUGAGUGUUAGAAGAGAGGCUCUUGAUUGGAUUUGGAAGGCUCAUGCGUAUUAUGGUUUUGGACCCUUGAGCUUUUGUCUAUCUGUGAACUACUUGGAUCGCUUUCUAUCAGUUUUCGAAUUGCCGAGAGGCGUAAAAUGGACUGUGCAAUUGGUAGCUGUAGCUUGCUUGUCAAUUGCAGCUAAAAUGGAGGAAGUUAAAGUGCCUCAAUCUGUAGAUUUACAGGUUGGAGAACCAAAGUUUGUGUUUGAAGCUAAAACCAUUCAAAAAAUGGAACUUCUGGUAUUAAGCACAUUGAGAUGGAAAAUGCAAGCUUUAACUCCUUGUUCUUUCAUUGAAUACUUCCUUGGUAAGAUCAAUCACGAGAAGCAUCCGGUAGGAUCGUCCAUUUCAAGAUCAUUGCAGCUCAUCCUUAUCAUAAUCAGAGGUAUUGACUUCUUGGAAUUCAAGCCUUCUGAAAUUGCUGCAGCAGUGGCAAUUUCUGUUUUAAGGGAAUUGCAAGAUCAAGAGAUUGAUAAGGCCAUAACUGAUUUCUACAUUGUAGAGAAGGAGAGAGUUCUCAAGUGUCUUGAACUGAUCAAAGACUUGUCCUUGAUCAAAGUUGCUGCUAGUUUGGGCACUAAAUCUUCUGCACCAUUUAUGCCUCAAAGCCCUAUUGGGGUUUUAGAUGCUGGAUGCUUGAGCUCUAAGAGUGAUGAGUUAACAGUUGGAUCAUGUCCAAAUUCUUUGCAUAAUAGUCCAAAUACUAAGAGGAACAAAUCAAAUGGACUUUCUAAUGUUACUUUAGAGUCAUGAAAUUUGAAAUUUUUUAGUUUGUUAUGGAAACAUUCUCAAUGAUAAGAGUGUGUUUUGGAUGAAUAAGAAACAUGGACAGUUGUUAGUUGUCUAUAAUGAGAUCACAGAAAUACUAAGGAGAUGCGGUUGGGAGACAAAAUUUUGAUGAAACAAUGUUGUUGAGGCAUAGCAUGAUUGUCAAGUGACAAGGAUGAAUCAUGAAUGUAAUAUUUGGGAAGUUAUAAUACUUAAGGCAAAUUUUGAUAUAAGAAUAAAAAUGUACGGUAUCAGGUUCGAGUAUUA